CUUUCCCUUUUUGUGCUUAAACUAAUUUGGAAAUGAGAUAAUAUUGAUUUUAUACAUAUGUAUGCAUGUAGUUAAGGGUCGUUUGGUAGCAGGUUAUUAGUAAUAUAUAUAGAGAUCACUUAUUAGUAAUAUAGAGAUUAGUUAUUACAUUUUAUGUCCUUUAUAAAGUAAUACUCUCGCGUCCUUGAUAUAAUUUAAUUGGACAUAAAGUUUAAGAAAUUAAAGAAGUCUUUUGAAUCUUGUGGUCUAAAACAAGUCAAAAAUAUUUGUGUGAUUAUAAAACAUCUUGUUAAGCGUAAAAGGUAAAAUAUAAAAUUAAGUUGGCAAAAUUUAAAGUUAAGUUGUUGCCAAAUAAGGAAAUAUAUCUUUCUUUUUGGGACGAACUAAAAAAAAAAGUGUAUCGCAUAAAUUGGGACAGAGGGAGCACGUAAUUUCCCUUAUAACUUAUACAUGUACUCUCUCCGUCCCAAUUUAUGUGAUGUGGUUUAAGAAAGAAAGGAAGGUUUUGGAAACUUGUGAUCCAAAAUAAGUCAUAGAUAUUUGUGUUGACGUAGAUCAUUUCAUUAAGUGUAAAUAGAGAAAUUUUAAGUUGAAUUAUUUCUAAAUAUUGAAAUGCAUUAUUCUUUAUGGGACAGACUAAAAAGGAAAUUGUAUCACAUAAAUUGGGACAGAAGAGUAUUAGUUAUGUGGGUUUCUAAAUUAUAAACCAAACGCCGUAUUAGGUGUGCUGAAUUUUAUACAUGGUAUUAGGUGUGUUAACAUUCAUGUACUCUUCAAUAUGCUCUCUCAUUGAGGUUUUUGCUCUAAUUGUGGGUGAGGAAUGCUCUUAUGUUGCUUUCUCCAUAUGGGGACCUCAAAAACUGACUCUACAUUUCUUACUUAUUUUGGUUAGUUUGUUCUUUUGUACUUUAGAUGAAGCCUGUGGCUGCCCUAUCUAGUUCUUAUUGUCUUGUGCAAAGAUGCCAAAUUGAUACAGUUGGCGUAAACAACACACAAGUUUCUUCUUUGAUUUAUUAUCUGUCUAGAGUCUGUCCACUCAUGUACAUUAAACUUUCACCGAUAAAUUUAGUUUGACAAUUUUUUUUUUGUGGUCUUAAAUAUAGAACUCCUUGACUAGAAUUCAUAGUAUUGUAGUGACUGAUGAUGUUAGUAUGCUACUUUCUUAGUGGACUGAUUUGCUACUGGGAAAGAAAUUUCUCAAAAGUGUAGGAUAGAUGAGAAAAGGCACAAAAUCAUCCCCUAUCUAUGUGGGCUUAGACUCAUAAUAUUUCCUGUUCUUUUGACAUGGAGAACUGAUAGUACUUAUUGUUUACCAAAUCUGCGCAGUUUUAAUCUCUCCUAGAACAGCUGCUAUUUUUUCUUAUAAAGGGAGCAGUGCGCUGCUCAGGUUGCUGCCUUGACUCCAAAUAUUCCUGCUAUGUAUGAGCUACACUUUGGGGUACCUAUGGCUGGGGCUGUUUUGUGUACUCUUAAUGUUCGUCAUAAUUCAGCAAUGGUGUCGGUGUUGCUCAAACAUUCAGAGGCAAAAGUCAUAUUUGUAGAUUACCAGUUCCUUGAUGCUGCUAAGGGGGCAUUACAGAUUCUUUCGAAGGAAGGAAUCAAAUUGCCCCAUCUAGUCCUAAUCUCAGACUCUGACAGACAGCUAUCUAAUGUGAUACCCGGAGAUCUGGAAUACGAGCCCUUUUUAGCGACAGGAAGACCUGAUUUUGAGAUAGUAUGGCCAAGUGAUGAGUGGGAUGCCAUUGCUCUGAAUUAUACUUCAGGUACAACAUCCAGUCCAAAAGGGGUCGUCUACAGUCACAGAGGAGCAUAUCUUAAUUCUCUGGCUGCUGUUCUUCUCAAUGAAAUGCCUUCAAUGCCUGUCUACUUAUGGACUGUUCCCAUGUUUCAUUGCAAUGGAUGGUGCCUUACUUGGGGCGUGGCAGCACAGGGUGGCACAAAUGUUUGCCUUAGGAAUGUUACCGCUGCAGGAAUUUUUAAAAGCAUAGCUGGGCACCAAGUGAGCCACAUGGGUGGUGCGCCUACAGUUUUGAACAUGAUAAUAAAUGCACCUCCUAGUAGCCGGAGGCCACUUCCAAGGAAGGUAGCAGUGAUGACUGGCGGUGCACCACCUCCUCCUCAAGUGUUAUUUAAGAUGGAGGAGCUUGGUUUUAAUGUUACUCACUCAUAUGGUCUAACUGAAACCUAUGGUCCUGGAACGGUUUGCACUUGGAAACCUGAAUGGAACUCUCUGUCACCUGAUGAGCAGGCAAAGAUCAAGUCUCGUCAGGGAUUGCACCAUAUUGGUAUGGAGGAAGUACAUGUGAAGGAUCCAGCUUCAAUGAAGAGCAUAUCACCAGAUGCAAAAACCAUUGGCGAGGUAAUGUUUAGAGGAAACACUGUAAUGAAUGGGUACUUGAAGAACCUCAAAGCCACAGAAGAUGCUUUUAAAGGGGGUUGGUUUCGAACCGGUGACCUGGCGGUGAAGCACCCCGAUGGUUACAUUGAAUUGAAGGAUCGUUCAAAGGACAUCAUUAUUUCUGGUGGAGAAAACAUUAGCUCAAUUGAGGUGGAGUCUGUAUUAUUCAGCCAUCCAGCCAUUCUUGAGGCUGCUGUAGUAGGAAAACCAGAUGAUUACUGGGGUGAGACACCUUGUGCCUUUGUGAAACUAAAGGAUGGUAAUAAUGAAACUGCGGAUGAAAUCAUCAAGUACUGCCGUGGUCGUUUACCACAUUACAUGUCUCCUAAAACAGUAAUUUUCGAUGAUUUGCCCAAAACCUCUACAGGAAAGACGCAGAAAUUUGUUUUGAGACAGAGGGCCAAAGCUAUGGGGAGUAUUCCAAAGGCCAGCAAACUAUAAUUCAUAAUUUCCUGUGUUGUGGAUAGACUGAUAAUAAUGUGAAAAAUGAGAAAUGGUGGCCACUGUUUUAUUUUAUUGAAUCAUAUUUAUGUUG